CCCGCCGCCUCAUUUGCCGGAUCCGACGCGUGACCCCGGCGCGUCCGCGUCCCGGGCUGCUGCCAGGCGCGGGGUGCGCCCCGCGGCCCCAUGUGCCCCUUCCUUCUCGCGGCGGCCGCAGUCGCCGCACCCCGAACCCCGCUCCGGCUCCUCGGCAGAGGGCUCGCCGCCGCCAUGUCUACCGCCGGGCCCCUCAAAUCCGUGGACUACGAGGUGUUCGGGAGAGUGCAGGGUGUUUGCUUCAGAAUGUACACAGAAGGCGAGGCAAAGAAGAUAGGCGUGGUCGGCUGGGUGAUGAACACCAGCAAAGGCACUGUGACAGGCCAAGUCCAAGGCCCGGAAGAGAAAGUCAAUUCCAUGAAGUCCUGGCUGAGCAAAGUGGGGAGCCCCAGUUCUCGAAUUGACCGUGCGGACUUUUCCAAUGAAAAAACCAUCUCUAAACUUGAUUACUCUAAUUUUAGUAUUCGGUAUUAGAAGAGAAACAGACACUGGAAUGCUUAUGGUUGUAGAAAAUACAUUAUUAUUCCUUAGUCUAUAGACUGAUAAUGAAAUAGUUUUAUUUAAGUAUGUUUUUAACAAGAAAAAAACAGUAUUCUAAAAUAAAAAUUGUCAUUACCACAUAAUUCAUCGAAUAUUUUAAGCUUGUCUCAUGAAAUCUUGAGUUCUAAUGAAAAUUAUAGCAUGUAUGUUAUUUAGCUUGCCAUAAGAUAAAGUUAAUAUUGUGAAAAAACAAACAAGAAUGUAAAAUAAGGGUAUGUCAUUGAUUAAUUAAUUAAAAAAUUAUUGUUAGGUAUGUUGUC